AUGGACCUCACCGGCGACGGGAGCUAUAGUGGAGCGCAUCGCCGACGCAGCGGAGCUGCAUUGCAACAAGUCAUGCUGCGACCGGUGGACCUCACCGGCGGUGGGAGCUGCAGUGCAGCGCAUCGCCUGCGCGGUGGAGCUGCAGUGCAACGCGUCGUGCUGCGACCGGUGGACCUCACCGGCGGCGGGAACUGCAGUGCAGCGUACAGCGGCGAUGGUGGGUGCUAUGACCUGCGGGAGUUGAGCUUUGCUCCGACGGCUGCUGGAAGCGCUGUACCAGCGGACCAGCGGUACCAACUCCGAGUUGGAUCAAGAGUCCUGGCGCCAAGAAACACCGUGGUGUACUCGGAUUAUAGUUUGCUAGCACACCGAUGGAGGUAUUCUCCUUUUAUAUUUCGGCAGCACAAAGACAACCAAGAGUUAGUUUCGUUCUAUACCUACUUGCGUCUCGUAUAUAGUGCGGGUGGCCGUCGGUGUAGGUACAUUGGUCACACAAGAAUCAAGGAAAUCUUCCAGCUAGCCAUGGCGGCUGCCAACGAGGCCGUCUUCGGAGACGAGUUCGUGGCUGAUGAGAUCCUUGCCCGUCUGCCGGCCCGCUGCGCCGUGCGCUGCAUCGGCCUCUCGAAGCGCUUCUGGCAACUCCUCAGAAGCCCGCACUUCUGGCUGCGCCACCUCCGUCUUGGCGCUCCAGGCCUGGAACUUCCUCGUGCCACUUGCCUCUACGACAAAUGUGAUUACUGCAAGACCACCUACUUCAAUGCCGUCGGCCCCGCGUUCGCCUUCGAGCACACCGUCAACCUCGAGCACGGCAGCUGGUACGCCAACACCUGCAACGGGCUGGUCCUCCUGGCCGCCCGGUCUUCCCUCGACGGCGUCGUUUUCAACCCGGCCACCAAGGAGGAGGUGCGCCUGUCCGUGCCGUCGUUGCCGCCGCCGGCGGCUCCCGAGGACGACGACGGCUAUGUGCUACGCCGCUUCUUGGGGUUUGGGUACGCGCCGUCGAGCAAGGUCUACAAGGCUCUCAUCUCAGAGUUGGUAGCUGACGGCGAUAGCACGACCACAACGUUGAUGGUGGCAUCAUUGGACAGUGUCGGCUGCCAGCAAGUGCCGAGGACGGUGUUCUCAUGCGACAAGGAGAUUUUCAGUGAGCACAGCCUACACACGGCGGACAACAAAGUGUACUUUCUUAAAUACACAUCGUACUUCACCGAUGAGGGACGUGAAGAGUAUGAGACCGAUGCGACAUCCAUGCUUGUUUUCGAUGCCGACGACGAGGUCGUCACAAGCGUUGCUGUCCCGGAAGGGCAACCAAUUCAACCCUGCGACAUGUUACAGAUAGGUGGGCGUCCGUGCAUCUACAUGUGCACGGGCCAAGACAUGGUGCUCUGGUUACUCACUCCCGAUCACCAAUGGGAGAAGGUAUACACUCUGGUCAAGCAAAGCUCUCGGUCACACGAUUAUUUGUUGGGGGCCUGGGACUGCGGAGGUGGCCUUCUGUUUGCUAACUUCAAAAUUACCGGUGCCUACUUGUACAACCUCCACGAGGCCAUUGAUGAGGAAAAGGAAGAAGGCGAUUGCGGCGGCCACCGCAGGCUGGAGGCUGUCUCAUUGAAGAACGAAGACGACAUGCCAGAGCAUUUAAAACAUAUCGGGGGUGUUCCGACAAAUCUAUAUGAUUACCAGCCGACGCUCAUAUCACCAGCGAGUAUCUUCGGCGAUGUUGCCUUCUCAGACCGUUUUGAGGUUACUGUCUCGCCCAAGCAUGAGUUGGAUUUGAUUUUCCUGGAAUGGACGGGGAAGUUAUUCGUAGAGCCGGCGAUGCAAAUGCUCUCUACAAGUCAACAUCAGGUGGCAUCUAGUCAGGCAGAGUGACCAAUGUUGUUACCCCCGUUGGCAAAAGACAGGCGGGUGCGCAGAAGAAGGGAGAUAGGAGCAGCUAGGAGCAGCGUAUAGAGAGGAUGAGUUGUAAAACAUCCAUGAGAAGUAUGAUUCUAUCAUGCACGUGGAUAUACCAUGCAUGCCUCAUUGUGUCACCCGUCCAACUUGUUGGAAAUUCGCUCACCCAUUGCUAUGUAUUCAUUUGUAGUUUUGUACAUCUCCUUAUUUCCUCAUAUUUCUAUUACUAUAAAGUUGUACUGACUGUGCGUCAAUUAAUAUGGAUCAGAAGGAGUAUGUCAUUUUCA